AUGGCGCGACUCAGCCGCACCGCGCCUAAGGCCGUGCUGGAUACCGAAGGAGAAGAUUCCGACAUCGACGAUACGCGUCAACACCAAUACAGACACUCAGUCUGUGUACAGCUACCACUACACUCACCAAGACUAGUCCUGGGCGGAACCCGGGCGCGCCGUGGGGCAACCUCUCUCUCCCUGAAGGCAGCCAUCACAACCACCAGCUCUGCAAACGCAAAGGCAGGCGCAGCAAGAAGCGGAAAACAGCAAAACGCCCCGGCCGACCCCCGAAGCCCAACCAAGACUAAGACCAAACCCACAUCCAAGACAGAUACAAGCACAGGCACAGGCACAGGCACAGGUUCUAAUAACAAAACCACCCCUGCCGUGGAGAAUGUCGUUGCAACGCACACUGAAACCCUUAGCAGCCCAGCACAACCUCCAACCAGCACCCGUCACAGACAACGUCAACGCCAGCUGGGCCGUCGGCACGCUGAUGUCCUCCUCAUGCCGUUCUCAGCACCAACGCAGGCGGAGACGGUGAUUGGUAAGUAUGAUGGUUCGACGCCUAAGCGCGGACUGGGAGAUGUGGAAAUUGCGCCGUUGCCAGAGCAGUUGGAGGAGGAUAUGCUUGGGUCUGUGGAGGGGGGAAAGGGGCAGGGGGAAAAGGGAAAGAGUGCUGCUGGGGUUGGUGGUAGUGGGGAGGUGGAGGUGGAGGUGAGGGGGAAUCAGGGGUGGAGGGAUAAUAGGGGUGUUGAGUCGUCGUCGUCGCCGUCAGAGGAGGAGGAGGAAAGCGACGAAUUCGACUCGUUGGAUGAUUUCAUUGUCGGGGAUGAUGAGGAUAUUAGCUAUUUCGAUGAGUCUGGUCUGAGCGGAAGCAGUGAAGAGAAGGAAGAAGUACUCCUCAAACCCCGUUCGUCACCCAGGAAACUGUUCAGGGGCUUAAGGCCAACAACCAGAACAACAGCAAUAGCAACACCGAAGGUCUUGUUGGGGGGAAAUAACACAAAGGCUACUACUAGUGGUGGUGGUGACGUGAAUUCAGGCCUGGCAGUGAAUAAUUUGAAGUCGGGACCCAACAGGACAACUCAACGCUCUUUGUUUGACGGCAGUAGUGAUGAUGAUGGCGAUGAUGGCGAUGACGAUACUGAUAAUGAGCAGGAGAUGAUUCCAUCGUUGCCGAAAAAAUUCGAUCUGAAACCUCUUUCAUCAAUUCCUGCUUCGAAACGGGGAAGCUCACCGAAGAGAAAUAGGGUCGUCAACCACAAAACUUCUGAAGACAAGAUGGAAGGGUCAGGAGGGCCAGAGCAGACAGUGAGCAUCGUCACUCCGCCAUCCAGCCCUUCAAAACAUCGUCUAUACUCUCCCUCUAAAAGCAAGUCUCGUAUCCCACCUACCCCGCAUCGACCAAGCAUAGACGCCUUCUGGAGCCAGGAGAUAAUCAACGAAUGGAACGACCAGUACUCCCCCAGGAAAACGAACACCCUGCGCAGAGGCCUUGAGAGAUUCCGCAUAUACUCAGAUGACGAAGAAGAUGGCAAUGAUGAUGUUCCAGGGAGAUCACAUAGAAAUUCCAUCUCACCACAGUCAUCGCCCUCGAAAAGUCCAAUUAAAGGUUCCCCUUCGAAAAAAUCUUCAGCAGCUGCAGCUGAAGCUGCGAAGAAGGCCCUUGCAGCUAAAAAGAAAGAGUUCGACGAGAAGAAAGUAAAAAUGGCGGAAGAGUUUUUCAAAACGCUCGAUGAUGCCACGACUGGCGGGCAGAUUCAGAAACUCGCUGCGGCUGCGGGAGGAGUGAAGAUUAUCUGGAGCAAGACUCUCAACACUACAGCUGGCAGGGCAAAUUGGAAGCGCGAAACCGUCAGGCAGAAACCAUCGCCGUUACCGGCUCAGCAACAAGUUGGGAAUCAGUCACAGCUGAAACAGCAAGCAACGUCGUCAUUGCUAUUGCCUGUUUCUGGCUAUCAUGAAAAUAAUACUUCGGUGGCGAGUAGUGGCAGCAAGCAGAUGCCCACUGAUAUAUCCACCAGCACCAGUAAGAGUAACAACACCGGUACGAUCCCCCUAACCCCCUCCAUCCUCGCUCCCGUGCGCCACCACGCUUCCAUCGAACUCGCUUCAAAAAUCAUAGACAGUGAAGACCGCCUCCUCAACACCCUUGCGCACGAAUACUGCCACCUAGCCAACUUCAUGAUCUCCAACGUCCGCAAUAACCCGCACGGCGCCAGCUUCAAGCAGUGGGCGGCGAAGUGUGAGAAGGCGCUGGCUGCGCACCCUGUUUAUGGCUGUAGCAGCAGUGGAGAAAAUGCUACGAAGGCGCGCAUAAACAUCACCACCAAACAUUCGUAUGUCAUCCAUUACAAGUAUCUGUGGUGUUGCGUGGAGUGUGGGAAUGAGUAUGGAAGACAUUCGAGGAGUAUUGAUGUUCAGAAGAGUCGGUGUGGGAGGUGCAAGGUUGGUGCGCUGGUGCAGGUUAGACCGAAGUCCAGGGGGGUUAGGUCCAAGAAGGCGGGCGCAACUGUGGCUGCCGUUGAAGGGGUCACGAAGUCAAUGGGGGGAGUUCAUUUGAAUAUGUGGUGA